AUGACACACUUCAAAAGUGAUUACUCGCUCCAAGCCCACACUAGAGUGUGGUCUGGUAAAUACAAAUGUGAUCAAUGUAACGCUACGUUCUGCACACUAAGCGGACUUCAGAUGCAUCAGAAGCGCGGCUGUGACAUAAAAUCUAAUGUUCCGUGUAACUACAUGUUUUGUAACUUUUGUAACGCAGAACUGAAAUGGAAGACCAGUUUGCAAAGUCAUUUAUUCCACGUCCAUGGAGAUUUGAUACAUUCUGGUAAGAACGCAGAUGGAGACGCACCAGUAAGAUCCAAUGACCUCGCUAAUUUCAGCGAUACAUCACUCGCAGAAGAGUUAGCCCCUCCUAGUAAGAGAAGGAAAAUUUGUCAGAGUAUAGGAAAUUCAAGCCCCCUGGUCUUCAAAGUGUCAAAUUCGCCGUCAACUGACACUUUAAAAAACAAAUUAGAGAAAUGUAAAGAAUGUAUAGUUCUAAUCAAGCGAUGCGACUCGAUUGUAAAGAGUAUUAAGUUAGGUGAAAACAUUUCUCUGCAAGUAGAUCUGAAAGAGACAAUGCAUUUACCCAGCAAUGCUAACUCAGCAUCUUUUGAUCUCCCUUUAGCCAAGUGCGUCAAUGCAUACAAAUGUAGUCGCUGUGAAAAAGCAUUUCCCUUGAAGAAGGAAAUGAAGAAGCAUAUGAUAGCAGUUCACUUGACAUCGACCAAUUACACUGCUCGUUACAAGUCUAAGAUGCUGCUCCAACAUUAUAUGCGUCACAGUAGCAUUCUUUUUAAAGACAAUGUUGAGGAAUUUAAUAUAUGUAAGAAGCUUCACCAUUGCGCAGGCUGCCGCAAGCGAUUUUGGCUACGUUCAUGCUUGGAUCAGCAUGAAAAGGUAUGUAGGAUUGCUCAGAGAUCUCAUGCAUCAGCCUUGGAAAGCUCUAAAGACGAAACAGCAAAGGUAUUCGAUGAAAAUCAAGAUUCCUCAGAAUUAUCUGAGGGCACAUUCAAACGAAACAGAAGUGCAAAAAUACUCUGUAUAGAAAACAUGAAAAAGCUACUAGAUACUAAGGAUACAUUCGUAAUAAAAAGGAGGUGGAGGAGUGCCCGUUGCUCCGUUUGUGGACAAUUUAGAAGUUUCAAUAAAAAGUGCAUGUACAAAAUCUUAUUCAAACAUUACAAAAUUAGGUGCAACAUUUGUCAUCAGGCAUUUGCCAGUAGAAAAAUGUUGAAGUCACACACGUGUACAAUUCACAAGUAUAACACUUCGGUUUGCGGUAAAUCGUUCCAUGGGAUGUAUCAACUACAUCACCAUAACAAAUUAGAACAUUAUCCCGCUAAAUUGCGAGAUUUGUACACUUACAUGUGUAGCAUUUGCGAGGAAGGUUUUAAUUACGAGUCGCACUUGCAUGCACAUAAAUUUCAUGUUCAUCCGGACGGUAUAAUAGUCGAUAUGAACAUCAAGCAUGACCACACCUAUACGUUGCCAACGAACAUCAUCACGAUGUCAGAAAAUAUACCAUCGAUACCAAUAAAAACGUAUACGUGCGAUGUCUGCGACUUGCAAUUUACCAACAAAGAAGAUCUGAAAGAGCAUCAACUGGAGUAUUCGAAUAUUGGCGAGAUUUAUUGUAAAAAGUGUACCAAGAGCUACAAUACGAUCGCUGCACUCGCCAAGCAUUAUAGUCUGAAUCACUCCGGGUCUGUCCCGAACAUUAUGAAGUGUUGUCAUUGUAACGAGGCGUUGACGACUAACACGUCGCUGCAGUGUCACAUGAGACAUUUUCACGGAAGCAACGCCAGUCAAAAUGUAGCGAAGAAGAGGAAGAGAAAUUCUUGUAUGAAAUUUAAUGGCGGCCUCGUCGAGUUUAAUAAACAUGUCGGUGAUACCUAUGCGACAUGCAACACGAAAUUCGAUCACACGGUUAGUUUGAAGAAUCAUUUGUUAGAAUAUUCGAACAUAGGAUCGUACGACUGUAUCGUGUGUCAUUGGAAGUUCGCGGAGCUACGUUUUUUAGAGAAACAUAAGAUGAAUCACGUCGACAGCAGGGAUUCUCCUGUUCAUUGCCCGAUAUGUAACGAGGGAUUCACGGAUUCCGCGUUGGCCCGCAUCCACGUGUUACAUCUUCAUUCAUACGAGUCUUCCGGCUUGAUCCAAAAUAGUCGAGUCACCUCGAAUAGAAAAACUGAUCAACACCGCCUGGCUAGCCGAAUAG